AUGACUGAGACUCUGCUGCUCCUGGUGCUCCUGUUCCUCCCAAGUCUUGGGCCAUCCUUGGACCCACAAUACAGAGUACACCAGCCUGGUGAGACACAUACACAGCAGCCCUGGAACCCACUGGAGGCCCUGAGGUACCUGUUGCACAGAAACACCUCUUUCAGUAUGGAGAGAAUCACAACCAUCCUGGGGGAUUAUCAAAGGUCCCUGAUUGAUGAUCCCCAGUUUCUCGUCUCUGAGAUCAGCUCUCUGGACAUCCUGCAGUUUACUACCGUGUUGCACCUGCUUUUCACUGGGAGAAAGGAGCAGGCCAUACUGAUAAGCAUAGACAUUUUCUUCCAGACUAUGCUGAUAAACAUAGACUUUGAUGUGAUGAAGACUUCACUGGAAGACAGCCCUGGUGGCAAUCGCUCCCUGUUUGCUGUGUCCAGAGAAAAAUGUGUGUUGGCACUCAGGGAAGGGUUCUGCGUUGACUUGAUGGGCACCUUGCUUGGCCUAUCAGGCGGAGAGUUUGUUGAAGAGGAUUUUAUCUCAGACUUGCCAGUGGAUAUCUCUGAUGACACUUUCCGAAACCUCACAGCGGUGUUUAAGGACUUGUAUGACAUGUUCUCUGUGACCACACAGAAGGCCAUCUAUAAGUGGAUCACUCAGGGACUGCAGAGGACCUCUAAAUCCAGCCAUAGCCCCAAUGCCUGGAUGACUGCUGAGAACCUGUGGUUCCUGGGCAGGUACAUGGUUCACCUAACUGUGCCAACCAUUCACAGGGUCAGCCUCAGUGAGAUGAAGAUUUUCAUUCACUACGACAAUGCCACCAAGCAGCUGGACUCUGUGUACGACAUUAAAUUAGGCCCCGGCAAAGCCUUCCUGCACAGAAUCAACGCCUCAGGGUUUGACAUGACCAACGUCUCAACUGCCUACAGAUUGGGAUUGUUGGUGUGUUUCUAUGACAGCGUGCAGCUGUUAGAUGCCAGUGAUGCGCGCAGUCUGCUGCAUCAGUUGAUUAAAUGCAACCAGUUGCGGGGGAGUCAGACAGAGGUGCAGAAGCUAAAGUCUCAGCUCUUGUCACUGGUGAUACAGAACCAGACACUGAAUGAGUCUUUGGGCUCAGUGUCAGAUGCAGUGGUUGGUCUGACUCCCAGCCAGCUGGAGUCUCUGUCAGCUCAGGCAGUGCAGAGGUCCAUGGGUGUCCUCCAGCAAGUCCCUGGUUGGACGAGAAGCCAGGCCACUAUACUGGUACACAAGUACAUGGGCACCAACAAGGCUUUGUCUCUCAGUAACAUCAAUGAGCUGGGUUCUCUGAUCUCUGGGUUGGAUGCCAACCUCUUCUACAGUGUGAACAUGACGGAACUGGCUCAGGCCACAGAAGGAGUGCUGCUUCGCUACGUCACACACCUCAGUGCUGCCCAACAGCAUGCCAUCAUCAGCCAGAUGCUGACUGCAGAGGAUGUGCAGGGGGUGCUGAGCAGGAUCCACGGGGCACUCUUCAGUGAAGUGCCUCUCUCUAGCCUGCUGAAAUUACCUGGUUUAGAGUGUGCUACCCUGGUGGACAAACAUCUGACCAGCAGCCAGGCUAUCUUUUUAUACGAUUGUCUCUCCAAGAGGACUCCAGAAAUUAAUUUGAUGAGCAAUGGGCAGCUCUUGAAGGGCAUGACAUGUGAGAGAAUACACAGGAUGGAUGAAGACUUCCUGAUUGAAAACCUCCCUGUCUUCAAACGGAACUUCCAUCUCCUCUCUCCCUUCCAGAUGAACUGCUUGGCUUGGAGGUACUGGGAUGUUGUGGACACACCAAACUCAACCAUCCCCUCCAUCCUACUGUUGGCACUACCACCGGAGUAUGUGGACAACAUGCCAAACUCAUCCUGCAAACAGUUUUUAUUUGCACUGAGUAACACGGACCUUGAUCACCUCACUGUGCAUGCAGAGAAACACAAAGCUGUUAUGAGGAAGGUUCUCCAAUGUCUGAGCGAGGGAAUUCAGGAUGAGUAUCAUGUGGACCUCCUCGGAACGCUGCUAUGUCACUUCCCCCCUGAAGCCAUCCAUACCCAACUUUCACCUGCUGCCGUGCCUGCUGCCCUCCAGCAGCUGCGGGGCUGUGCCCGUCUCACCCCGGAGCAGAGGGCCUCAGUCAGGGACAAGAUCCUGCAGCUCUAUGGGCCUCCUGUGCACUGGAGUGCAGAGCUGACUCAGGACAUGGGACCUCUAGUCACAGUGCUUUCCAGGGAGGAAAUAUUGGUGUUGGCCAAUAAGUAUCCAGAGGAGGUUUUACCCCUAGUGGUGCAGGCUGGAAAGACUCCUCUACCAGAUGAGUUCCUGACUGCCAUUUUUGAGGUGGUACGUGGAGCUGGACACCAAAACUGGACCAACGCAGAUUCAGAGACUGACUGCCAUUUGGUCAGAGCACCCUCUGCUGACGAAAUCAGAAGGUUGUCAGAAGCCAAUGUCUUCUGGUCUGCUAAGGAGUUGCAGUGCAUUAGCGAUGACACCUUCAAUCAGACAGUGGAACUUCUGGGCUCAGUACAGGGGUACAACCUAACUCAGCUCAUGGCCCUUAAGACCAGGGCUAAACAGGCCUGGGGUCCACUGUCUACCUGGAGGAGCUAUCAUGUGAUCGCUCUGGGAUCCAUUGCUCUGGCCUUGACCGAGGUGGACAUUAAAGAGCUGAACCUCAGCUCAGUUGACACGUUGAGUGCUCUCAGUCAGCAGAACAGCUGGACACUACAGCAGAUGAAUAGCCUGCUGUAUCGCUUCUUGGAAGCCUCUGAACUCAGUCUAGGAGAGCUGCGGGGGUCUGACUUGGCUGGGCUGGGGGUGCUGUUGUGUGGACUGGAACCCAGCCAGGUCAACCUGAUCAAUCCUGAAGCCUACAGCUCCACAGCAGGCUGCAUCGGCUCCCUGCCUUGCACCCUGCCAGUCCUGAAGGAGCUGAAGAAUAUAGCAGAGCAGAUUUUUGGGGUCACUGCUACCUGGAAUAGCUCUGUGCUACAAGAGGUGGGCACGGUGGCAGCUGGCAUGAGUGUAGAGGAGAUGAGAAACCUAAGUCCACAGAUGUUGCCUUAUCUGCAGCCCCAGGCCAUAGCUGCAAUCCCCUGUGAGAUCUUCCGCGAGUUUUCUCAGGAACAACUACAGAGCUUGGGCCGAGAGAAUGCAAUGGCAGUGACAUCAUCACAAUGUGUCCAGCUGACUAAAGAACAGCUGUGGGGCCUUCAAGCAGCCAGAGAUGGCCUGAGGGAAGGUCUCUCCAGCCACAUCCAUUCUGCUGCCACCUUCGACCUCAGCACCAACACAGCCAGCUCUGGUAUCCACCUAUGUUCCCCAGCACACUCCCUGGCAAUCACUUAUCUCUCAUCUGUCAGUAUAGGACUUACAGACCCCACAUGA